CAUUAACGGCAUUUGUGGGUGAUGCAAAGUUAUUAAUUAUACGAAUAUAGAUUAACUCAUACACUCGGAAAUCGCCAGACGUGAUUUCCCCUGACGUUGCACAGGUUUUUUUCUUCAUGGCCGUCUAAGAUCGACAACAGAACCCACGAUCGACAUCUUUCAUCCUUUCAGUUUCUUUACAGUUUCUCCUAUGUUCAUUAGUUUAUUUCUUACAUUUUUUUUCAUAAUGUAGACUAAUCGUAAUGUUCCAGGUGUACAUUUGAUUUAUCCUGACUAAUUUGGUACAUGCAUUUUCUUUAUCUCAACGCAUAGGUGAACGUGAGAUUUGCCGCCGUACUCAUGCCCACGUUUCUGCUAUUGUUGGCCGUCUAUCGUCCCUGCCUUGCAGUUGCACAACCCAGUGAUUCCGAGACGUCAGCGGCAUGUCCGCCUAAAGGAUCGUGUUGCAGCGCUUGCUUCCAGGGUCCCGCGGGACCAGCUGGCCUGCCUGGGAUUCCAGGUGUACCCGGUAAUAACGGCCUCCAGGGGUCAAUAGGUCAAAAAGGUGAGCCUGGCUCGGGUCUACCUGGACCCAAGGGAGACAUAGGCGAUCACGGUCAGAAGGGGGAGCAAGGAGAGCCGGGGGUUCAGGGACUCGUUGGUCAGCCAGGGAAGCUUGGGCCGGCAGGUCCUAGCGGAGAGAAGGGGGAGAAGGGAGGAAAGGGUCAGCCUGGAGACUCGACCUACGUGACCCCAGCACCGCCCUCUGUCGUCGCUUUCAGCGCUAGCCUGAGUAGUUCUUUUACAGGAAAUUCUGGCGAUGUGGUUGUUUUUGACAACAUCAAAACGAACAUCGGAGACGCGUACGAUUCGGAAACCGGAGUCUUCACCUGCCUCACCGCUGGGGUUUAUUUCUUCAGCGUGACCAUCAUGGGCUUUACCUCAGGACCGAGGCCAAAAGCACAGCUGGAAAUUAACGGGCAACGCAUCUUUUAUGUUCGUGACAGUCAUUCAGGCUACAACCACCAGUCCAGUAAUUCAGCGGUCCUCGUUAUGGCCAGCGGGGAUACGGUUCGCAUCACAAAUCAGAGUAGUAGUGGAACAAGUGUCCGUGGCUAUAGUUAUUCCUCCUUUUCCGGUUUUCUCAUCAAGGCGAUGCAGUAAGCCCAUAGCAACUCCAAAAUUCAUCUAAACACCAUUAAACGGGACGGAAAGGGUCGUCCAUCGGGACUUAACGUUUCUAACAUACUGUCAAAGGGGACAUGCGGCUCAUAAAAUAUUAUAGCAAAUAUAGCCGAAAGAUCCUUUUAACAAAGUUUGGAUAAUACAUUCAAAAAGUACAAAAUAAGAAAUCGUAUCAACAAUUUAUGAAAUUGUAUCUGUAAAGCGAAUUUUUAAAAAGCGCUCUAGAUAAUAUUAUGUUAUUUGAAACAUAAGACACUUUUGUGCGCUUCUGACAAAGUUCAUUGCUGCAUGUUAGAUGUGUUUACUUGAUAGCUUCAGUUUGAAACAAACUGUCCAAGUUCUUUUGAUAGGUUAACCUUCCAUUUUCAGUAGCUAUAUACCACUAAACCCAAGCGGGGAAGUGUGUCACUUUGCAUAGUGUUACUUUAAAUAUAAGGCAGAAUGGCUUUUGUACGUUUUGUGUGUAACAUGGCAUAGCAAUGAAAUGCUUCGAGACGAGCGGUAUAAUCUGUUAAAUAAACAAAACAAGCCAUUCAGGUUGAAGCUCUUCAAUGUGAAACCCAGGAGAUGAUUUUGUAAUAAAUGCAUGGAAGGGAAGAUAAAGCGGAUGUUAUUAUACGAACAUCUGAUGAAAACCACAUCUGAAGUGUCAAAUCUGAAGUGUCAGAUUUGUUUUAAACACAAAGGAGUAUUUACGAUUUCAGGUGUUGAAGAUGAUUGUGAAUGAUGUUCUUGACUUUGGAUUUGGUUUAAGGAGCCUAUUGAUAAUGAUUGUCAAUUCUUCUUUCUACCUUUCUUAUUUCACACGCGAAAACAAAAUGAUUCAAAUCGUUAACAUUUAAAGUGUUUAUACCUGAAAGUAACUGAAAUUCUCGCUUGUUUUCAUGCUA